AUGACCUCUUGGGAGUCCAAAUUAACACCACAAGAGGUUAAUUACUAUAAACAAUGUUUUCAAUUAGCUUCAAAAAGUCAACCUGGUAUAGUUAGUGGUAUGGAAGCCGUUCAAUUUUUUGCUAAUUCAGGACUUUCGAAUGAUAUUUUAUCUCAAGCAAGUAUCCUAAAAAUUUGGGAAACUGCUGACGAAAAAAACCUCGGUUAUCUUACUGAAGAUACGUUUGCUAUUGCACUUAAGCUUAUUUCAUGCGCUCAAAAUAAUAUUAAAGCAACUGAGCCUUUAUUUUCUACUGUUACACCAGUACCUAAUUUUAAAGGCGUCCAGGCAAGAAAUUUAACAAAUAAUAGCAUGAAUUCUAUUUCUGCCAACUCUACUAUUUCAUCUUCUAGCAUAUCUGUCAUUACAUCCAACGAAAAGAAGAAGUAUCAGUCUCUUUAUCAUGCUCAAAAACCUACAGCAAAUGGUAUUACUGCUGAAACAGCUAAAAAUCUGUUUGCCAAGUCACGGUUACCAUUUGAUCAAUUAGCACAAAUAUGGAACUUGGCCGAUAUACAUAAAAAUGGGUAUUUGGAUGAAACAGAAUUUAUUAUCGCUAUGCAUUAUAUUGCAAAGCUUAUGGAUAAAUCUAUGACCACUUUACCUUCUAUUUUACCUUCAGACGUUUAUUAUUCAGCAAUAUCCGAUAAUAUGAACCAAAGUGUGUUGGUAUCAUCCCCUAAACCUAUCCAUACAUCAUCUCUUUCACCGCCAAAAUCUCAAAAAAUCGAUGAAAUAGGUAGCAUUGCGUUCGCCUCUUCUUCUACUGAUAAAGCAGCAAUAAAGUGGGAUAUUACAGCAGUAGAAAAGGCACAAUAUGACACCUAUUUUACUAAAUUGGAUAGAACACAAUCGGGUAUCAUACAGAGUAAUGAUGCAAUGGAGUUUUUCAGAAACUCUAAAUUACCUGCAUCUGAGCUAGCUCAUAUUUGUGAUUUGGCUGAUAUUAGUAAACGUGGUGCAUUCAAUUCAAAUGAGUUUGCUAUUGCAAUGCAUUUAAUUCGCCAACGAUUGACAAAAGGCGAACCAUUGCCUCCUAUUUUACCUGCAUCUUUAUUACCACCAUCCACACCGCUAUUAUCUUCAAUGACAGGCACAUCUAUAAUAAGCCCUAAUAUAACAGGUAACUUGGGCUCUCAAUCAUUAAAUAUAACUCAAGAUUUAUUGGGUGAUUUUAGCAAUAAUGAGCAAUUGACAGAAAUGACAAAUCAGGUGAAUCUUCUUCAAAAUCAAAUCAAUACAACACGCGAGGAUACAUCAAGUAUUAAAACACAAUGUCAGGCUGCUGAACAGAUAUUACAAACAUGGCAGGAAAAAAGGCGAGAUUUAGAAGAGCAAGUUAAAACUCUUCUUCAACAGAUAGAGGUAGCUAAGCAAACUACUCUAAAAGAAUUAAAAGAAAAACUUCAACAAGAGGAGCCUGGGUGGAAUGCGGUUCGAUUAGAGUUAACAACAGUCGAGGCACAGUCAAAGGUAGUACAAGAUCAAUUAGCUCGGGCUCAUCAGGAAUUAAAAGAUAAUCAAUUAGAGAAUGAGAAUAUACGCCGUACGAUUCAUAAUAUUCAAAUGGAAUCGAUGCAAUUAAAUAGGGAGUUAGACGAAUUGCAUAUUAUUCGUCAAAAGAAGCAGGCUGCUGCUGCUGCUCGUCGUAAGGCUAAAGAAGAGAAGAAAGCUGCUGAAUUGAAAAAGAGACAAGAAGAGGAAGCCAGACUUGCUGAAGAAGCUCGUAAAGCUGAAGAAGCUAGACUUGCCGAAGAAGCUAGACUCGCAGAAGAAGCUCGUAAAGCAGAAGAAGCCCGUAAAGCAGAAGAAGCUAGACUCGCAGAGGAAGCCAGACUUGCUGAGGAAGCUCGACUUGCUGAGGAAGCUAGACUCGCUGAAGAAGCUAGACUUGCUGAAGAAGCUAGACUUGCUGAAGAAGCUCGACUUGCUGAAGAAGCUAGACUUGCUGAAGAAGCUCGUAAAGCAGAAGAAGCUAGACUUGCUGAGGAAGCUCGUAAAGCAGAAGAAGCUAGACUUGCUGAAGAAGCUCGACUUGUAGAAGAAGCUAGACUCGCAGAGGAAGCCAGACUUGCUGAGGAAGCUAGACUUGCUGAGGAAGCUAGACUCGCUGAAGAAGCUCGCAAAACUGAAGAAGUUAGACUUGCUGAGGAAACUCGUAAAACUGAAGAAGAAGUAUCAAAACCUGAAGACAAAGAAAUUACUCAUAAAGCAGAUGAAGAAUCUAUUUAUUUAGAAGAAGAGCAUAAGAAAUUUGAAGAGGAAAAUAAAGAAAAAGAAGCCGCGUAUAAAGAGGAGGAAUCUAAGUUUGUUGAAAAGGAGCAAGAAAAAGAUGAGGAAGAAAAAAGCACAUGUCAGAUAGAAAAAACUCAUAAACCUGAGGAAGAAAAACAGCCUGAAAAUAAAGCUGUAAUAGAAGAAAAUUCUGAAGCAAACAAGGACUAUAGCCAACUUCAAAAAGAAAAUAAAUUAACGAAACAAGUAGAGCAGGAAGAUAUUAAAAGUAUAAACUCAAACCCUAAGGCUAUAUUUGAUGAAAAGACAGAUGAUGAGAUUAAAACCUCAGAAACUGCUUCUUUAUCUUCAGAUGAUAAUAAUAUAGUUGAAGAAAAUAUUGAAAUUGACAGGCAGGCUAAAGUUAAUGAUCUAGAAGAAAUGUUGAACUCACAACCUCUGGAAAAAACAAAAGAUAUGACGAGUGAUGAAAUUCAUCAAUCUAUUAAAGCUAAGGAGGCUAAAGAUUCAUCAGUAAGUGAAACUGAUGAUUUAUCAAAGGAAAAAAGUAGGAUCCACGAUAAUAUAACAAACGAAGAUAAUGAAUUAACAGAUGAAACUGAAGAUAAUGAUUAUUUCUUUGAUGCUGUGGAAUCUUCAUCUUCCAUUAUUAAAAAUACACAACUGAAUAAGGAAUAUGAUAUGAGUCAAAAACAAGAAAAUACUCAGCCUUCUUCUGCAGAUGAAAAUGAAUUUGUUAUUAUUGAUCAUCCAAAUAAGGUUAUUAGUAAUAUCAACGAAAGAAAAUUAGACAAGAUUCCUGAAGAGCAAGAAAAGAACAAUAAAACAAAGAUUGAAGAUAAUCCUAUCAUACCACCACAAACUAACCAAUUUGAAGCUCCUCGUGUAACAGAAACUGUUGAAUAUAAUCAACCAUUCCCAUUAGGAAAGAAUAAAGCAAUUAAUCCAUUUGAUGCCAUUUUUGGAGUUGAUCAUCAAGACCAAAAUAAAUAUCAACAAGAAGAUGAUGAGCCUAUUAUGGUUUCACUUUCUAGCUCUGAAAUAUCAGAUCCUUUUACAUUAAGUACUAAUAGCAGUACACAUCGUGUUGCCCCACCUCCUCCGCCUGAGUCAAGACAAGUACAUAAUACAUCGUCUCCUGCUACAGUAAAAACCUACUCGAAGAAACCACCAGCACCUCCACCACAGUCAAAAAACAAUAUUAAAAUAGAAGAACCACAAGAUUUUGAUAGAGUUUUUGGGACACCAAUGCCUACAAUCGUUGGAAUUUCCGCAUCCAACCCGGUAAAUGAUGUCCCAACUGAGAACAAAACUGAAAGUAAAGAAAAUGAUGAAUUUGAAACUUAUUUCUCUGAUCCGAAAUUUAAAGAAAUAACAAAGAAAGAAAAAGGAUCUAGUGUUACACAAAUGCCAACAAUUGAAGUAGAUAACGAACAGACGGUAGUAGAUUCUGGUACAUCUCAUCAAAUGGAUUUAGAUAAUGCCUUCCAUGUUUCUUCAAAUAAUAAUCAAAAUCAACAGUUUAUGAAAAGCUUCGAAGAUUCUUUUACCCAACCGUCUGUAGAGCCUGUGUCUACACCACCACCACCAACAACAACAACAACAAAGGGUGAGAAUAAAGGAGUAGGUAAUGAAAUUAGAGGAGUUGAAGAAAACUUAAAGCUUCCAUUAAAGAAGGAAGAAUCUUCUCAAUCUUCUUCUACAAAUAAACUGGAUAUCGAAACUGAUAAGAAAAAGAAGAAAAAGAAGAAUAUUGUAUCAUGGGCAAAGAGCUUUGGUGGAUUUGACUUCACUGGACAUGAUUCUGAGAAAAAGAAGAAAAAAGCAGAAAAGAAAAGCUCAAAAAAGAAUAGUAAAUCAAAAUCAGAAAAUACUACAAGUAGUAAUAAUAAUUCCUCAGCUCAAAAUACUAGCAGUGUUCAUCAGCACUCCCCAGCAUCUUCGUUGAAUCAAGCUCAACAAACUCCUUCUAAUAACUUAGCCUAUGAUUUAGAUACUAUUCAAGGAAGUCAUAUUGCUGAGUUAGUUAAUAUGGGCUUUGAUCCAGCAGCUGCCUUAGAUGCCUUAGACAGAUAUGACCAAGAUCUAGAGAAAGCAACUAAUUACUUAUUGGACCAACUAUAUAAAUAA